UGCAGACUGCGCAAAUUUUGGUGCACUCGCUUUUAGCGUAGCGUAGAUGCAACCUGUAGUAAGGACAUUGAGUCGUAUCCAUUUUAUAAUAGCAAUUUUUAUCUUUCUAACCGAAUUACGUUGUUUUCCUAACAUAUAAAAGGGAGAGAAAGAAAUAAGAGAAUGUGGAAGGUUGUAGUUCGUGGAAUCCGAGAAACGUUGGAGCGACGUGUCUGUCGCACCAACGUUUACUCGCAAUCAUCGCAGGAUAACGCGAAGAACGAAGUCAAAACAAGCUUGACAUGCCAACAAAAAUUUCUUUCACCAAUUUUUAUUACCUAUGAUAAGAAUUUUUGCGGAUCGGCUAAAAGCGCCGGUGCUAAAGGCAAGAAACACGAAUGGAAUACCAAGCACGGUUGGCCAGAGGCUGUUGGUUGGUCCAGUAUAUUGGCAGCUGGAUGGGUUGUAUGCCAAACUCUUUGCUUCCGUAAAAGAAUCUUUGAUCGAGACAGUAAUGAGACUUUAAAAAGUAAAUUAUAUGAUUACUCUAGAGUUUCAUUUAUAUUCACGCAAAUAUUGAAUUUAAAACCAAAGUGUAUUUUGCCAGUCACUAACUGUAUUGGUAAUAGUAAUAAAAAGUCCAAGCUGCAAGUCCAAGAUUCAGAUUCACAAUGGAGUGCAGCCAAACCAUUCGGUCCUAUCACCAUUGAAGAGGCAUUUAAAGAGGCUGCCGACGAAUUUACAAAUACUCAUAAAAUAGUAUUAGGAGAAUAUGAACUUCGUUACGGUAUAAAAGCAUUAAAGGAAAAACGCUAUAAAGAUGCUUUGAUGCAUUUUUCCGCGGGCGCUAAUCUAUCAUCCCCCGGAAGUAUGUUUAAUUUAGGUUUAUGUUAUGAAUUAGGCAUUGGAACUUUAGCUGAUCAAAAAAAGGCUGUAAAAUAUUACAACGAUGCCGCGGCCCAUGAUCAUGCUGAUGCAUUAUAUAAUCUAGGAGUUUUCCAUGCCCAAGGAAAGGGAGGUUUACCGAUUAAUAUUGAUAUCGCGCGCACUUAUUUCGUCAGAGCAGCCAAGUUGGGUCAGAUACAAGCGCAAUAUGCACUUGAUUUAGAAAAAGCUGAGACUUUGCAGAAAAAUAACAAUAUGUUUACUAUACCAAACACAUGUUCAAAAACUGAAAAAAAUUUUAAAAAUAAGACAAAUGAUAUGCGCCUAAAAUUAAAUGGUUACACGUUGAAUACAAAUGUUGAUAAAAUAUUAAGUACGAAUAUCAUGGAAAAAUGUACGCUCGAAUCAUCAGAAUAUGAAAAAGUAGUCGAAGAUCCUACUCAAGUAUUUUUAGAUUUCCUCGGCUUAAGAGAAUCUAGUCAAGCACCCAUUAUGAUAACUACCAACAAUUGUCACGUGCCAUGUUAAAAAAAAAUACUUUUGCUAUAUCAACAUCAAGGUGCGCUAAGCGGAAUCAUGUAGAUAGUACAAAUGUAUUAAUUUUUACAUUUAGUUUCUAUUUUUUUUUUGUGUUAAAGUUUUUGUGUUUAGUAUUUAUACGUAGAAAUACGUAUUAUAUGUAUAAGAGCAAUAUCGAUGCAAAUAUUUGCUCAAUUUAUAAUGUCAUAUAAAUCUUUUAUUUUACUUUAGGUCGCAAUCUUGCCCUCGUUCGUAACAUUUUCACAUUUCGUUAUUUUCAUAUUUUUUAUUUAUGUUUAACAAAACGUUUGAAAAAGUAUAUAUAUAUAUAUAUAUAUAUAGUGCUUAAAGAUUCUUUAUAUUCAUUUUGUUAAAGUUAUAUGUAUAUAUAAUUUCAUUUAAAUAUAUUGUGUAUUAUAUGACGUUUACAUUGAGCGGAAAUUUUAAAACUACUUAUGUAUAAAUAUAAGUUAUAUUUUUUAUAUUUAUAUAUAAUGGUACUUAAGUCGUGGUUGAGUUGGAACAUAACUGUGAUGAACGAUUCAAAAAAUUAAAUGUGGAAAUAUGCAUGAUACGACAUAUUAUAAUUGAGAAAAAUUUGGGUAUCGCACGCCCUCGCAAAAUUCCGAGUCCUGAGAUUGUAAUAUUUGAUGUAUUGUAGUUGAUAAUUUCAAUUAAUUUUAAAUGUAUAUAUUUUAUCGAGUCUUACAUUGAAAAAUUUCAUUUUAUUGAAUAAAAUGUACAUUUUUAGACUUAAGGUUUUAUAAUAUAGUUUAACACAAACGACAGUAAUGACGUUUAAUAAUUCGUGUUUGUGCAAAGUACAUAUGUGAAUUGAUACAUAUAGAUCUAGUAUACAAAAAUAAAUUUUUUUAACUUCA